AGCUGCGCUGCAUAAUGAUCAAGCAUGGAUAUGGAUGUGCUCAAGGAAGUGUUUAGUGGAGAAUCAGAGAGUACUAGUACAAUAGACACCAUGAUCCAUACUCGCACUGACGACAAGAGCUUGCAUGCUCAAGACAAUAUAGGGGGGACCUCACAGACAGCUGAUCAUGAAAGGCCUGAGCUACUGAGGUCUCUACCUGGUCUGUCACUGUCGUCCCAUUCUGGUGCAGAGCUGGACAGUGUUCCAGAGGAGAUGCCAAUGUACUUGCUUGAAGAUGAUGAAGGAAAUGAUGAGGAGAUUAUACGAUUAUUGGACCCUCCCGCACUCCCCUCUCCAAGUAGACCUCAACCCACCGUCUCCCUUGUCUUCCCGUGGACUAGCUUGGGCCUCAACGUGACUCCCAUUCAAGUCAUUCCCAGUUCUCCUCCUAACAGGAAGAAACGUCAUGGUGGAGGGUGGCCAAAGGGAAAGAGUCGCAAGAGUGGAGUAGCCCCUCCCCCUAAACCACCCUCUUCUGGCUACGGACUGUUCUUGUCAGAGCACAUGGCUGGACAAAAGAUAAAGAGUUCGGGAUCAAUGUCGCAAGUGUCUAAACAGUUAGGUCGCCUUUGGUCAGCCUUAAGUCAACAAGACAAGGAAGUGUACAAUGACAGAUCGUCUACUGAGAGAACUCGCUACUUGUCAGAGUUAAGAAGAUACCUCCUAACUACCAGUGGAGUAACUGUGGAAGAUGUGGACAGAAUCUUGUCUCAAACACUUGCUAUUGAGAACAAUGACUCUCUGUUGUUAUGUGAUCUCUGCAAACUGACUUUUACCUCUCUACAUAAUAAGCGAUGCCAUUACUCCGGCCGCCUUCACACGGCAGCACUUGUUGAGACCUUGCAACCACAACCCUCUAGUGGAAGAAAUGAGACAAUGGUUUCCAGAGUGUCUUCAGAGGCUGUCAAGUGCAGUGCCGUGUCUACACAGACUAAGGAAGCCAUGAGAGGCUACACUUCACUCUUACAAUGUAAUGCUUCCCUUGCUCAGACUCUGACAGAACAAGAGUAUCUGUACACUGAGGCUAGUGCCGUGUUGAGCUCACUAGAGGACCAAUGGACUCUAUUGUGGGGACAACUCCAAGCUCUCAUGACUCUACACACACAGCAAUCUGUCAAUGUGUUGCAUUAGAUUAUUUAUUGAUUUGUGGUUUGUUGAUCUUGAGUGCUGUUUUUUUAUUGCGGGGUUAGAUCGAGACAUUGUUAACAUC